GGAGGGGCUGUGUAAAUUUCGCAGAAUAAUGUAAGGAGGAUGCUGUCUGCUGUUUCCACUUGCCCAUCAAUGAAAUCUAGCUUGGAAAUAGCCGAUUGAAAUUGCUGAAUUUAAAAGAAAAAGGAUAUCAUAUUCCCUAGGAGGCAUUAGUCCAGAAUAUAAUUAACAUGGCAUCGAAAUGUCCUAAAUGCGACAAGACGGUUUAUUUUGCGGAGAAGGUGACAUCUCUGGGGAAAGACUGGCACCAGUUCUGUCUGAAAUGUGAGCGUUGUAACAAGACCCUGAACCCAGGGGGCCAUGCUGAGCAUGAUGGAACUCCGUACUGCCACAAGCCGUGCUAUGCUGCCCUCUUUGGACCAAAAGGUGUGAACAUUGGAGGUGCUGGCUCUUAUGUCUACGAGGCUCCUGUCAACGAUACCCCUGCCAGUGUUUCCACGGAAACAGAGGCCAAACCUGAGGAGAAGAAAGCUCAUGCCAGAGGCCCAGUGAAGGCCGCAAGCUUCUCAACUUUCUCUGGAGAACCCAGUAAAUGUCCAAGGUGCAGCAAGACGGUGUAUUUCGCUGAGAAGGUGACGUCCCUGGGGAAGGACUGGCAUCGACCCUGUCUGCGCUGUGAGAGAUGCAGCAAGACCUUGGCCCCAGGCAGUCAUGCAGAGCAUGAUGGGCAGGCCUACUGCCACAAACCAUGCUACGCCACCCUGUUUGGGCCCAAAGGGGUGAACACUGGAGGUGUAGGGAGCUACAUCUACGAUGAACCCAGCGCUGAGGCAGAGACUGAGGCCCAGCCUUGAGCUUACCCAUACCCACCUCCACCCCCACCCAGACCUCUUCCACAUUGGCUCCCUCACCCCGGCCUUGUUACUAACCCCAGUCUUAGAUAGACUCACCCUAUCUGUAUUUCCAACCUCUGCCUACACGUUCGACUAUGUUCACCCAUGCCCUAAUCAACUAGUAGUGUCUCCUUUACGCUAUUCAGCAUCUACAGAAGAAGAAAAAAAAAAGUGUCAAAUAAUACAUAUUGCAGGCCUAACUCACAGGGAUGGAUAUUUAGAAUGUUCUGUUGUAUUUCUAUAUUGUUUAUACCUCUAUUUUGUGUACUGAAAUUCACAUGUAUAGCUAGCUUCUCCCUGUGAAAUGCACAGCAGGUUCAUGGGCGUCCCCUUCCUCGUUGUUCAUGUCUCUCCAAGACGCCAAAUGUACAGUACACUGUGUAUUAAAUGAAAGUCACCGUAUGGUUUGACUCUACACAAUACAGCACAGACCUAUAGGGAAAGAUGAUGGGGUGGUAGGCCUACUGUUUGUCAUUCUCUGGAAAAUAAUGUCAUUUGUUUGUGCACCUGUAAAGACAUGGCAGAACACAACUGCCAUGUUGAUUUCCAGCUACCCGCUACGGGCCUUUUCAGUGUUUUCUUGCCAAGUUCACCCUGCAGCAUAGAGACAGAAUAGAUAGAUAGAACAUAUGCCUGCUAGGAAUGUGCAUUAUUAUUAGUCUAUUGUUGUUGGUGAUUGAUUAUGUUUUGUACUUUGGGUCUUUGAGCACCAAAUGUGUGUUACUGAGAAGAACAGUGGUCAUCAGAGGUUUUCUACAAUAAAAUUGUGAGAACAUGAAA